UUGUAUGUCUAUUUACUACCACAAAGGAUCAAAGGAGUGCCUAGGGGUUACUGUUGGUUACAUAGUCCAACCUACUUCACUAGGAUAUAGCAAUGUUGGAUGGAACUAUUUUCUUGUGCUUGAUGAAAGAUGCCCGGAUAUAGCUGGUUUUGUUUUUAGUAAAGCGUUCAACAGUUGCUAUAAAGUCCAUUUAUUUGACAAUACCUUGGUAUACGACAAUUAUAGCCAAAUAUGUGACUCAGAAGGGGGACAACUCAUGAAAAUUGAUUCUGACGAAAAACAACAACACAUAGUCACAUUUCUAGAUCAGUUUGACAUUUCCGAAUGGAUAUACUUCCAGGGAACCCAUCUCCUAUCAGAUCCAUCUUGGCGAUAUGAUGAUGGUUCUGUAAUAUCAUAUUUCAACUGGUAUCCAGCACAACCAGAUUCUACAAACGUAGAUACAUCAGAGUAUUUGUGCAUGAGGAAGUCCGACCAAUUUCAAUGGCAUGACUGUUGGAAAUCUAUGAUAGGCGCAUUUAUAUGUGAAAAACAAAUACUCUAAACAUUUCAAACCUGUUACAAUACAAAAACAAUGUUUCUAAUAUAUAAAGGACAUUAUUUCUGUAUCAUUUGAUAUUUGAACGCCCCUGUGUUACUUUAACGUCUUAACUAUUAUAUAUACAAGGUUACAGUAAGCACUUUUCAGAUAAAAACGACAUGCAUGUGAUAUCUACCAGUAUUACUCAUUCCAGUAUAGAACUGAUAUAGUAUAUAGUAUCAAAGGUACGAGGAGUAUAAUUUAGUACGCCAGACGCGCGUUUUUCGUCUACAUAAGACUCAUCAGUGACGCUCUCAUAUCAAAAUUUUUAUAGCCAAACAAGUACAAAGUUGAAGAGAAUUGAGGAUCCAAAGUUUCGAAAAGUUGUGCCAAAUAUGAAUAAGGUAAUAUAUGCCUGGGAUAAGAAAACCUUUAGUUUUUCGAAAAAUUCAAUAAGCUGAUAUUUUAUAUGUGAUAUGCAGUCGUAACUUUUGAUGGAAUUACUGUCGUGCGAUUAAAUAAAAGAGUGAUUUGACUCAUCAUCGUUUUACGAGACCAGUGCAAAUUCUCCUUUGCUGAAUAAGUAUUAUAUCAAAUAUUGUCUCGCCGUUUUUUUAGAAAAAAAGUUCAACAAAUCUAGAGGAUACAAAAACUUUGUUCAUGUUGUUAAUUGAUAUUUUGUAUUAACUUCACAAAUAUUUUAUGAUGAUC